CAUUCAUGACAUUACUUAUUGGAUCAAUAUUAUUACCUGUAUUGGUGCUAGUCGGUGAUAUCGUAUUUAUGUUCGUGGUCGUAUCGGCCGCCCUUGGUGCUGUCGUUAUGACAAUUUAUGGUGGAUUUGAAACUGGGAUUGAAUUUUGUCAUAGAAUUACCAUGGCCGUUCCUGAAACUUAUUGGGAAAUGAUCUUUCCUUCGAGUUUUGAGGAGAAAAGUACAAACUGGAUCUUGAAUUGA